GAAUUUACCUGAAAAAGUAAAGGAUGAUGCCCAAGUCAAGAAUAUGAGUGGGCAGUGGUUUUAUGAAGCCAAGGCAAAGAGGCACCGAGAGAAAAUACAUGGAGCCGAUAUUAUCCGGGCAUCGAUAAGAAGGAAGCCCUUGACAAUAGCCAAGGAAAAAUCCGUUUAAUGACUCAACUGGACCAGAAGAGAAUGUAAAAACUGAGCAGCCUGAGAAUGGAAUGACUGAUUCAUCGGAAGCAACAGAGGAAGUCACUCUUUCACCUUCCAUAGAAAACCAGCCCAGAGUAAAUUUAUCGAACUUCAGCAGAAGAGAAGCACCUGAACAACCUUCUUCGGAAUUUAGGCAGACAGGAAAACUGCCUGUACCAAAAACUAGGAAGAAUGUCCACAAGACCUCUGAUCUCAGCUUGCAGAGUAACGAUUCCUUACCCAGAACACCUAGAAGGACCAAGCAGGCCAACGGCCAAGGAAGGCCGCCCAAGAGCAUCCUCAAACGAAGCUCCAGUUCAAGUUCCACGGAUUCUGAAGUGUUGCGUCUCAGUCAAACCUUGGAGCCACCUAACAAAAGUGGGUUGCCAAACUCCACCAUCCUUGAAGACGUUGCAGAGAAGAGCCCUCCCCCAGGAGAGGACAAUCCUCAAAACUCACUGGAAAUGCUAAAGCAGGUCAGGUUCUCCUCCAGCGUAAAGAAGAAUGAAUGUCCACCAAAACUCGAGUUGCAUGAGGGCAAAGAGCUCGGGGAGUUCAAUUUGUUAGACACCAACUCUGUUAAGGCCAACGAGAAUGAAGUCAACUAUUUAGACAGUCCACCUUCUCCAGCAAAGCCAGCAAAGUCCUGUUCUCCGGCUUUAGAUGGUAACGUGAAGGAUGGGCAAGGAUCUCAAGAAGGAGAAAUGCCUUCAAGUUCCUACAGCUUUAAUGACUCAGAUCUUCCAUCGUUGGUGAAAAGUCCUCCCACAGCAGCUACACUUCAAGGGGAACCAUCCAGGAAGAUGGUCCCUAACACCAUGGACAAUGAAACGGUUCCACUUGUGUCUCAGUCCAAAAUUAAGCAGCUGAAUCCUGAGCCAAGGGACACCACACAACCCAGCGCUGGCCCGGAGUUACGUUUGGCUGAAGCAGAGGAAGCCAUGUUGCCAAAACCUGGCCUUGCAGGCCCUGAACAAGGUAAGCCUGCUCUUGUUGUGGAUCACAGUGUUGACAAAUAUGCUGCUGAAAAUUUGAAGGCCACCGAUGAAUCCAUAUCCAAAGUGCUAGACUGGUUCAAAAGAAGUUCCAGUACGGCUGACAAAGAAACAGUUUUGAUAACCUCUCAGGAAAGGCCAUUCGCAGAGGAAAUGAACCCUCCAAAGUCAGUAGAAUGGUCUGCAGUUGGAGAAGAUAAGGGGUCAAAUUCAGAUCCGUUAAAUCUGAAAUCCUCUCUGUAUCAAAGAGGAGAGUCGACGAGCAGAGACUUAAGGCUCCAGGAUGUCACAAAGCAACCGGGACAAUUAUCAUUUUCGGAAAAAGAAAGUCCAAGGGAUGAGAUCCUAGGAGACCACGCUCCUUUGAACCAAAGCGAAGAAAACAAGAAGGCAACUCCUCGCAAUAUUCAUAUCACUAAGAGAAUCCAUUUCCAGACCAUUGAUCAGAGUAAGGACAAGAUGGAUGACAGCAACCUAGAAGACAGAUGUGAAGAUGCUUUUGGAAGUAAAACCUACGUGGAUUUGAAGAACUCUGAAGACGCUUCUUUCCGAACUGGGAUGAAAAGAGAAACCAGUUCACAGAUCUACCCUGAGGGAGAGAGAGAUGUUAAAUCUUUCUUGGAAGAAGAAAACAUGGAGCUGAAAUCUGGAGAAACUCCAAAAGAUCCUAAAGGAAAGGACUGUAGUUUUCUAGAUGGCGAACAUAUGGCCCAUGCCAACAAUAGAAGUAACCCGAUUCUGCGACAACAUGAGUUAACACAACCACCAAUGAUAGGAGAUGAGAAAAGAGUCAAGGAUAUGAAGGCUUUCUGGGAAGGUGGGCAGAAGACUCCAGAGCUCGAAAAUAAGGAAGUUCUUACAAAUGAAAACAUGUCUAAUUAUACAAAGGAAUACGCUAGGCUAAAAGCAGCUAGCGGAUCUUCUGGGUAUGUAACCAGUGAAUCUGACCAUGAACAAAGCAAAUAUAAUUUAGUUACCUUCAGAAAAGUGGAGCUAAGUGAGGAGGACUCUGAGAUGGAAGGCGAUGGCAUUCAGUUUUCAGGAACAAGCAGGCCCACUCAAGGGGAUAAAGCUACGGAAAGCCAAGACACUAAUAGAGCCAAUGAAGUACUUUCAAAGGACCAGAAAAAUACUAACGUUACGGGAUUGUUGAAUGAGAGAAAUUUGCAGCCGAGUUACAAAGAAAGGGUAUCUUCUAAAGAAGGUGAAAGGCCUUCUGCUUUAGGAAGAGGGACUAUUGUACCCGCUCUUCAGCCAAAGGCUCCUUUUAAGAUUCAUUCACUGAAAGAAAAAAUGGACGAAGAAUCCAGGUCUCAAAUGCUCAACCCUUCCCAAUUCCAGAGCCUGAGAAACUUUUGGGACAUGGGGACUAAACCUCAGAGCAAAACUGACGAGACCAUCCCACAGAAGCAUAAGAGCAGCACGGGGGGUUACACGAAAGAGUUACAAGAAAGAAUUGGAAGUAGCCAAGCCAUGUUGGAUGAUGGAAGAUCUCAUUUUCCUCUGCAAGAGGAGGAAACAAAACAGCCCACUGCUAACAUUUCACGCCAAAGUCCUUUAGCAGAACCCAUGUUUUCCCCGUCAGCAGCUGCAGUACCCAUGCAUUUAGAUGAUGUCCCAAUAAGGGGACACGCAGGAAUAGAAAUGGUUUCACCAGCAAUACAGCAUAAUGUUCACAGUAGUUUUCAACCAACGGUGUUGGUUGAAGAGUUGCAGGAGUCCUCUUGCCCACCAAUACAUAAGAAAGGGAUUCCAUAUGUAGAGUUAGUAGGAAAGGAUCCAAUGGCUCCCAAUGACCAGAUUCAAGAACCUAGUUUUGUCCUUCCGGACACGAAUGGAAAAUCUGGACUUAAAGCAAGUGAGGUCAUAGAGAUUGUAAAUAGGACUUCGGUCCCACCGAAAGCUGCAGCCGCUGAUGCUUUUAAUACGAGUUUGGAGAAGUUGCUUCAGGAAACCUCUGGUCUACAGGCCUCUCUCAGGCAUCAUUUAAUAAUGGAUGUCUCUGAACCAGCAGAUCCUACAUCAGAGAAAAGGGAUUUCUUUAAUAAGGUGAUGGAGCGCAGCCAUCAUUCUUAUCCCAGUGAUCCAGAAGAGAUUCGAGUGGGUUCUCAAACAGAAGGAACUGUUGAAAAACGCGACUUGCUCCAAACUCAGCCUGCAGAAUUCACAACCGGCGUGGGAAGUUUGCCUAGAUCACUGGAAGGAUUAACAUCUGUGCCAAUGAAAGUCCCCAAGAAAGAGGAUAGGCAAAUGUAUUUAAAUGAUAAUCCUGCUUGGGAAAAGAACUUGCCGGUUCCAUCACUAGAGCCGAUACAACCUGAUAUCUGUGGUGCAUCUCAGAACAGAACAGACUGUCCUCAAGAGGAAGUUUUUGAGAUGGUAUCCAAAAAUAAUGUCCCACCAAACAGAGAAUGCAGCGAUUUGAACGCCAAACUCAUCAGUCUGUUGAAAGAAUCGGCAACACGGCCCAGUACUGAGGACAUUUUGGAAACCCCUUUUGAUGGUAUUCCUAAAGAGAAUCAACAAAAGUCCUAUCAACAGACGAAUGAAAAGAAAGGCUUUGCUUCACUCCAAACGUCCAGUCAUUUGAGAGAGUCUGCGGGUGAGAUUGUUGCGGGAAGCAAAGAUACAUACAAAGACGACAGUGUGAAGAUUGUCAUGCAAGAUGGCACAACGGAAGCCACUAAAGAGUAUGCAGAUCAUAAGGAGAGAAUCCAGGGAGAAUUAGCUGGGAAGCAGCCUCUGGACGAGACGGAAACUGCGGUGAAAAGUGUUAAACCCAAAUCUUGCGAUCCUGCAGCACUUAGAGGCAAUCUAAAACAAAUACUUCACGAGGAUUCAAUGGUGUUACUUGGAGACCUAGAAUUUCCUAAACUUACACAAUCCACAUUACAGCCUGAUCCGUCUGUGAGUUCAGUUUCUGCCAAAGAUACAUUGGAUUGUCAGGAAGUCAUUGAAUCAGUAGAAAAGUCUAUUGUUCCUCCUAAUUCUAGACAGGUUGAAUUCAAAGCCCGUUUCCAAACGUUACUCCAGGAAAACUCUGAAAUUUUAUCACGUAGCCAGGAAAUCACAGAGAGCAGCAAUGAGAUGCAAAUAAUCAAAAAGCCUACUGAGAACAGAGGCUUUAUCAGUCGACAAGAAACAGACUGUGUUCAAGAAGUCAAUGAAACUGCAAACAAGAUUAGCGCACCCUCCAGAUUUCAACAAAGUGAGUUUAAUUCCAGUUUACAGAAAUUACUUAAGGAAGCUGCUCAAGAAGAAACCAUCGUGAAAUUGGUUGCUCCAGCAAAAGAUAACUGGGCAUUAAAAUCAAAUUUAGAAAAAUUAAUUUUGGAACAUUUCGAUCCUGCUUCUCAGCCACCCACAGUCGAUGGCAAGGAAUUCACCGGUGAUUCAACACCUGAUUUAGGUGAACAAAGGUUACGUGUAGAAAUGUCAACAUUGACGGAGACGGUGUCGAGUGAUUACCAUAGCGAACUUAAGAUCCCACUUACCGAGAAGGCCUCCAAGCCAACUGACGAAAGAGCAAAGAUUUCAGAGAACAUGGCUUUCCAAAAAAUAAUCCAUCUUAAUCUAGCCUCUUCAGAAACCCAGUGUCUGGAAAAAGAUAAGGAUUUCCCUUCCACAGCCGAUAAGACAGAGGACAGAAGCAUGGAAGAGGGAGAAACAGAGUUUUCCACUUCAUUAAUUGUUGCCAACAGAAGCCUGAUGGUGGACCAUGGAUUGCAAAGAUCAAGCACCCCCGUCUAUGGAAGCCCUCUCCAAACCAAGGAAGUGGAGUUUCAUCACGCUGCCCCUCCAACUGAUGAUGACAACCAUGAUGGUGUUGAUGAUGAUGAAGGUGCCAAGAAUUGUGAGUCAGAGUUUUCAGACGAAAAUAAAUCCAUUCCGGGAAGCCAAAGAGAUCCAAUAUGUGAGCAUUUAAAAAUUAUUUCAUUCUUAUCUCGCAAUCUGUUAAUUAUCUCUUAUAUCUGUCUCUGUUUUAAAGGCAAAAAGGCUCUGGCUACCGGUGAAGUUCACAUUUGGGUGAAACAAUGCAAUGACCUGCCCAUCCUCAGAGGCCCAAAACUCAAUUCUUUUGUGAAGUGUACUGUUCUUCCGGAUACAAGUAGAAAGAGCCGUCAGAAGACCAGAGCUGUUGCAAAGACGACGAAUCCGGUCUUCAACCACACUAUGGUUUACGAUGGCUUCAAACCUGAAGACUUGAAAGAAGCAUGCGUGGAACUUACGGUUUGGGAUCAUAAUAAGCUUGCCAACCAUUUCCUAGGAGGACUUAGAAUAGGACUUGGAACAGGCAAAAGCUAUGGCAUUCCAGUGGAUUGGAUGGACUCUUCAUUAGAUGAAGCCACCUUAUGGGAAAGAAUGAUCAACUCUCCCAACACCUGGGUAGAAGACACACUCCCACUCCGGAUGCUGAUGGUAGCAAAAAUGACGAAAUAAAAAUGACAGGAGUUAUAAAUUGCUUUCCAGUUGAUACGAUUUGCUGGAGGUUUGACGGAGAGAAGAGCUAGAGAGAUACAGAAAUUAAUGUCUGGGGGAAUCAAUUCUUUCAUCAGGUGUAAAUGUCAGCAGCGGGCAUCUUCAUGCUGUAUAUAACUUGACCUUGCUUUUGCUGGAUGAAACAUGGGUCUACAUGUCACCUGGUACUGAGUUUUAAAUCAAACUCUUCUAAUCUUGAAUAAACACUGUAUGUAUUAAAACAUGAAAUGUAUUUAAAUUA